AGCCAUGACAACCGCCGAACAUGUGCAGCCAAUGACAGGCAACUCUUCUCAGCAUAGUCUCUCCAUAGAGACGCAGGACGCCAUCUUGAGCUGAGCAGUCUCUUCCACGCAUUCGAAUACGUUAGCCAAUUAGCUGUAUAGUGAAAACGGACUACGAAGAAAUGAGCGGUCCUAAGCCUCGAGCCGAAAUGCCAACGAAUGUAAAUGGCCCAGAUACUGAUGCAGGAUCCACAGGUCCUACCAGAGACCGCAAGCCUGCUGGAGGUGUCCUGAAGAGACUAAAGUCCCGGCGAAACCAACCGGAUAGGCGGCCUGUUACGGAAGAGGAGCUCCGGGCGCUGGGCAGAGACAUCACUCCAGAUGAAGUCCUUGGGCUACGGGUUGUCACUCGAGAUUACCUGUGUAAACCAGAGGACAACGUGUACAACAUCGAUUUCACGCGCUUCAAGAUCAGGGACCUGGAGACGGGCACGGUGCUGUUUGAGAUUGCCAAACCCCCAAACUGCGACGCUGAAGAGGAUGAUGAGGAGAAUGUAGAUGGAGACUCCAGUGCCGGGCGUUUUGUUCGCUAUCAGUUCACACCUGCCUUCCUGAGACUGCGCACCAUAGGUGCUACUGUGGAGUUCACUGUGGGCGACCGGCCGGUGAACAGCUUCCGAAUGAUAGAGCGGCACUACUUCAGGGAACGCCUCCUGAAGAACUUUGACUUCGACUUUGGCUUCUGCAUCCCCAACAGUCGCAACACCUGCGAACACAUAUACGAGUUUCCCCAGUUGCCUGAGGAUCUCAUUCGUCAGAUGGUGGAGCAUCCUUAUGAGACCAGAUCAGACAGCUUCUAUUUCGUGGACAACAAACUCAUCAUGCACAACAAAGCAGACUAUGCCUACAACGGGGGUCAGUAGUGCAGAGGGGGAGAUGAAUGUAUGUAUGUAUGUAUGUAUGUACAGUAGAGCGCACCACAAGGUCACACCUGACAAUACACAUCAUGCGGUCCCAGGACUCUCACUUAUGACUUCAAACAUUCCAGUAGGCCUUCCCACUCCAAACAAAAAACAAAGGGAGGGAGAGAGAGAGGAGAGAGAGUGAGAGAGGGAAGAGACAGAACCAGCACGUUUUGCAAGUGAUACGUACCUCUUUUAUUCCCUCAUUUUCAUACUACACGAGCCUCCUCCCUUCCUUUUUGUUUUAUCAAGCACAGUCCAUCUCAUAAUUGAUGAAGUGGUGUAUUGUUAUGUAUCACGUGACUGACGCCAUGGCCCUGGCUGCUCUGCCACGCCUCCCAGUGUUCUAGCGGUAGCAUUUGUAACGAUGAAGACCAGAAUACUGCUGAUUAUUCAUUGAGUCGAUGGAGCGCUUUUUCACAGGAUGCUUUACAAAGCGGGAGCGGGAACCGCACAUGUAGCACACGCCUGGGUGAUGCACUGCAGCCACCAUGCUACACAUCAGCAAGGAUUAAUUAAGCCAAUUAAACCUGGGGGAUAAUCACGUAGCCAGACCUGGGAACGACAGGCACGACACUUUGCAUCGCACCCGCUCCAUUUGUGCUGUGGGAUGGUUAAUGAGCGCAGAGAGUUGGAAGCCUGCCUUUAAUGUUGUCCUGAACAAGACUGGGCAGAUUUACCUUCUCCUGCUCAGCAUAAUGAUCUUCAUGGCUUCAGACGACGCUGUCGUGGAGCUGGAGUGGAACUGCUCAUUCGUUUAUUCAGUCCAUGAAGACGUUCCACUUGUAAAGUAGCGCCCGGUCCUUAACGCUUCCUUGGGCCUUUAUCAGUUUCAAAUGCUUCAGUCCCUCCAUAUCUCCCACUGUUAAAGAGUGGAUGGCCUUGCACCCCCUCAUUGUCCUAGCUUAUGCAUAUUGACAUAGGCCUAUGGCUGUAACCUUGCUAGAAACCCAAUGAGAAUGUGAUGUUUUAAUUGGACUAUCUAUAUUAUACACCUUAUCAAGUCUGACCUAGCAUUAUGUUUUUUUUCUCCUCUUUCUCUAUUUCCACAACAGAUCUGCAAGUCACAGAUAAUUUUAGUCUGACAGCUUUCGGUGAAAUUAUGUCUCAGAAAGCGCGCAAGCACUGCCAAUGAUAAUUUGUCUGCCUGCUUGUUGUUACAGAGGUUUUGUGGGGGAAAUGUUACAUGAUUUUAAAGGGCCUGCUAACAAAUUCUGGGUGGUUUAAAUCAAGUACUAUGAGUGGGGAAAUUCUUUUAGUCCUCUAAUGAAACAGUUCUGAUUUUAAGAGAGCAGAAGAGACUUACAUUUUCAGUUAAUGGGAGCAGGAAGAAUGUAUGAGGGAAAACAAAUGGGAGAAAUUGCACAAUUUGGAUCCCCCCCGCCACCCUUUACAAAAUUGCCUUUUGAGACAUUUGUUUUUGUAUGAUCUUCAUAUUGGUUUGCUUGGAGUAUUCACAAAACAUUGCUCGAAGCCAGCAAAGCCUUUGCUUGCAUUUCUCAAGAACAGAGCAGUGCCUGGAUGAACUGAUGUAGUUGUUACUUUGCAAUUGAGAGGCAGUGAGAAAUCAAGCCUGUAUAAAGUUAAAUUACUUCUGCUGAGGAAGGGAAUGCAUUGCAUGUGCUGGCAGAUUGGCAUUCAACACCUCAACCACAGUCACAGAUCAGCCAUUGUCUGUACAGACUAAGUCACACCACAUCCGCCUUAUUUUUUAAUAGUUUUUAUUGAAUUUCUUAAUCAUGGUGCCUGAAAGAUAACGCGAUGGUGCAGUGAGUGGAGUCAAAGCCUAAAACAGAAAAGAAAGCCAAGACUCCCAGCCAAAAAGCUGAAUCAUUUAGACAAACUUGCAAGUGACCUUAACACAUCUUUAAUGAGUUGAAUGCACAGUGCACAAAGAUCAAAGGAAUGGUGUUUGUGGUUUUCACACACUUUUUUUUAGAAUGUACACGCCUCCCAUGAAUGCUGUGUGAUUCCUGAAUAGCUAGUUCACAUUCUGUAAAAUUAAGAAGAAAAGUGAAACCUGCUUCUGCCGCUACCAUUUAUAGACGUACAUAUUUAUAAAAACACAAGUGUGUACUUCAUUUCCAACGGACACAAGCACUCAUAAUUAUAGCACGUACUGUCCAUGUCCAGAAGGCCUCAGUGCAUCUGUAGUUGUUGCGCAAGUGUCCUUCUUGUCAUGGACAGCCGUCUGUUGCUGUUUCUCAGGGUUUGCAGUCUCCAUCUAUUGCUCGGCCCCUCCUGUGCUCACACUUGAUGUCAAAUGCAUAUGUGCGCUUUUCUUUUUGAAACGCGCAGACGCAUUCUUAAUUAGCGAAAUUGGGAUUCCGGAACGAUUUUUAAAUGCACAAACUGGACCGGUUCAGUCACAGGGUACUGCUCACAUUUCCCCUGAUCUUAUAAAAAGGCUAAAUCGUACACUUAGGCAUACUGCUAGAUGUGUGAUAUUAGUUGUAGAGCAAGGACAAUGGGGAUGAAAAAUAUCCUGUAAAUUAGGUAGUUGAUCACAAGCUCAGGAAUAAGUAUCCAAAGGCUUCACUCCACAACCAGGUUUGAGGGUAAAUCUAGAUGCAUCUCCUGUUAACCCUUUCCUCAGUUCCUUGAAUUACUAUACUACAGCAAAUAUGUAUUUUCUCCCAAUCUUUUCAACUUGAAUUUUGAUAAGCCAGAGUAACUAAGGGUUACAGCGCUACCGUCAGUGCAAGAAUGUAUGAUAUAGAAACUGUAAAUGAAGUGCCCUUUUUUGUGCAUCCUAGUGAGAUACAGGGUGUGUAUGUAUGUAUGUAGGCCAGUGGUGGGAAAGCUUGGUCCUUAAAUACAGCUGACUUUCAGUUUUCAUGAUUUUCUCUCCAGCGACUAGCUUCACGAUCAUGUGUGUACUGUCUGGGACCGUGCGAUGGCAUGGUGUCAAGGGAACAUUUAU